AUGGCCGCCGUCAGCGAGAAGAUCACCGCUACGACGACCGCACCGACCGCGGACGGCCCCGUCCAGCGCGUCUGGAGCCGCCGCGAUGGCCCCGGCUCGAACGGAAGCGUCUACGAGCGCAACGGCUCGGUGCACACCGGCUCGCUCGACAGUGCCGACGACCUGCUCCACAAGAUGGGCUACCAGCCCGAGCUGGUGCGCUCGCGCUCGACGCUGCACGUCGCCUUCAUGUCGUUCGUCCUCGCCUCGAUCCCUUACGGUCUCGCCACGACGCUCUACUACCCGCUCCAGGGCGGUGGCCCCGCCGUCGUCAUCUGGGGCUGGGUCCUUGUCUCCCUCAUCAUUCUCUGCGUCGCCGCGUCCCUCGGCGAGAUCACCUCGGUGUACCCGACCGCCGGCGGCGUGUACUACCAGACCUUCAUGCUCGCCCCGCAAAAGUUCCGCCGCAUCGCCGCCUACCUCUGUGGCUGGGCGUAUGUCGUCGGCAACAUCACCAUCACGCUUGCGGUGCAGUUCGGAACGACCCUCUUCUUCGUCGCCUGCGUCAACGUCUUUGAGGUCGAGCCCGGAGUUGGCAUCUGGGACGCCAAGACGUACCAGAUCUACCUCCUCUUCGUCGCCAUCACGCUCCUCUGCGGUCUGAUCUCGACCCUCGGUAACCGCUGGCUGCCUAUUCUUGACACGUUCGCCAUUAUCUGGACCUUUGUCGGUCUGCUCGCCAUUCUCAUCACUGUUCUCGCCGUCGCCAAGCUCGGCCGCCGCUCGGGCGCCUACGUCUUUGGCGGAUUCGAGCCCGAGGUCACCGGCUCGGGCUGGCCCGCCGGCUGGUCCUUCAUGGUCGGUCUCCUGCACGCCGCGUACGCCACUUCGUCGACCGGCAUGGUUAUUUCAAUGUGCGAGGAGGUCCAGUCGCCCGCGACGCAGGUGCCUAAGGCCAUGGUUGCGACCAUUUGCCUGAACCUCGUCGGCGGUCUCCUCUUCCUCGUCCCCCUCAUGUUCGUUCUUCCCGACAUUCAGAUGCUCGUCGGCCUCGCCUCUGGCCAGCCCACGCCCACGAUCAUCAAGUCUGCCGUCGGCUCGUCUGUCGGCGCUAUUCUUCUUCUUCUUCCCCUCAUGGUCCUCGCCAUCCUUUGCGGUACCGCGUGCACGACCGCCUCGUCGCGCUGCACCUGGGCAUUCGCUCGUGACGGCGCCAUCCCCGGCUCCAAGUGGUGGAAGCAGGUCAACCACAAGCUCGACGUCCCCCUGAACGCGAUGUACCUCGUGCUCAUUGUCCAGAUCCUCCUCGGCCUGAUCUACUUUGGUUCCUCGACCGCCUUCAACGCCUUUUCGGGUGUCGGUGUCAUCUCGCUGACCAUCUCGUACGCGUCCCCCAUCGCUGUCUCCGUGUGGGAGGGCCGCAGGCAGGUCAAGCAGCACGCCAAGUUCUACCUCGGCAAGUUUGGCUGGUUCACCAACUGUGUCGCGCUCGCUUGGUCGUGUCUCGCCGUGCCCCUCUUCUGCAUGCCCGCCUACAUCCCCGUCACGGCGCAGACGGUCAACUACGCCCCCGUCGUCUUCGUCGCCUUCACCCUCAUGAGCGCCAUCUGGUACUGGGUCUGGGGCAGGAAGAACUACCAGGGCCCGCCCAAGGAGGACCUGUCCGAGUCGCUCGGCCCCGAGCUGCCGCACACCGAGGCGCUCGCCGCGGGCACGGCCAAGAAGGACUUUUAA